AUGAUGUAUUCGACGUGUUUGGGAAUAUUAAUUUCAUUGUUCGUUUGCCUUACUCUGGCCGAAGAUAAAAAAUCUUCAGACGUUCUAGUGGCUGAAGCUUCUCACGAAGAAAAAUGGGAACAUCACGGAGGAAAUUGGAAGAAAUUGUCUAAUAAUCAUGGCACACAUAAGCAUGGACACAAAUUUGACAAAGACGAUUGGGGUGAAUGGGAUAAACACGGUAGCAAUCAACAUCACGAUAAUGGCGGACAUAAAUUCGAUAAGUAUGGUAAAGACGACGAAAGUCAUAACCAUCACGGAUUCGAUGGGCACGGAUCUCACGGUAGAUCUAAUUGGAAUAGAGGUGGAAAAAAGGACGAAUCGGAAGAAAGAACGAAUUAUCACGAUAAAGGUCAGAAGCAUCACGGAUUUAAAAAGUCGUAUCACAAAACAGAUGGAGGAGACCAAAAGUCGGAACACGAUAUCUUUAGUCAGGGCAAGUAUCAUAAGAGUUACGAUGAGGAGGAUAAUUGGAAGAAGUAUAAUGGAGAAAAAUAUCAUAAAAAUCAUCACGGAAAAGAAUAUUUCGAUAAAAACGAACACGGAGACGAUUUUCGUAAAUUCGAAGAAGGUGGACGUAAUAAUUAUCAAGGAGAAGAUUAUAAAAAAGGUGGAAAAUAUUCUGAUAAAAAGUGGAGCCAUAAGGACAACAAUGAUCGCCAUCAUCAUUCUAGAGAUGAGACGGGUGGUCGCGGUUCUAGUCACGGUAAGGGACAUUUUAUUGGUCAUCAUUAA